CCAGAAGAAGGUUGUUUUUGCAAGAGUGCUCUUAAUUCAGAGCAUAUGAGAGGACAGAUUCACAGCAAACAGCACAAAUAUCUAUCUAUCGUCUCUCUCUCUCUCUCUCACCCUCUCUUACGCGUGCUGUGUUUUGUGUGGCUGCCGCGCAUCAGCUGGGAGGGGUCAGUGGAGGAGGCGGAGAGCGUGCGUGUGCGCGCGCAUUUGCGUGCGCUCUAGCUGUCAUUGUCUCAGUCGGCAGGCUCAGGGAGCAAGCGUGUGCAGGAUAACGCGAGGCCCCAGCGGCCACACGUGCCCUCGUUAGUGCAGGGCAUCCCUGGAAGCAGAGCAGAACGAGAGGCAGGUCUCCAUCUGUCCCUCUCAGGCUCUGAAAGCAGGAGGACAGUCUGCUCGACUCUCUCGCUCAGACCUGGUGUACCGGCCUCAGGGUCCUGUGCCACCCCCCUGCCCCUCGCAGAGCGCAGAAAGACGCAAAGAGAUUAAGAUUACAGGAAAGCUGGCAGAAAUAGAGAAAAUACCCUGGAUUCUUUCAUAUCCAGUUUGUCUCCAUCAUCCAUGAUGCCAGAUCGCACUGAGAAGCGCUCCACCAUGCCCGACUCACCUGCUGAUGUGAAAACACAGUCCAGGUUAACUCCGCCCACCAUGCCUCCCCCCCCCACCACACAGGGAGCUCCCAGGACCAGCUCCUUCACCCCCACUGCAUUAACGAAUGGCACCAGUCACUCUCCCACUGCACUAAAUGGAGCUCCAUCUCCACCCAAUGGUUUCAGCAAUGGGCCUUCAUCAUCAUCUUCGUCCUCGCUGGCCAAUCAACAGCUGCCGCCGGCCUGUGGCGCAAGACAGCUCAGCAAGCUCAAACGCUUUCUCACGACACUACAGCAGUUCGGCAAUGACAUCUCACCUGAGAUAGGAGAACGAGUGCGUACCCUGGUGUUGGGGCUGGUGAACUCCACUCUAACCAUUGAGGAAUUCCACUCCAAACUGCAAGAAGCGACCAACUUCCCACUCCGACCUUUUGUCAUCCCCUUUUUGAAGGCCAACCUGCCGCUACUGCAGAGGGAGCUGGUGCACUGUGCACGGCUGGCCAAGCAGAACCCGGCUCAGUAUCUCGCCCAACAUGAGCAACUCCUGCUGGACACAAGCACCACAUCACCUGUCGACUCGUCUGAGCUCUUGAUGGAUGUCAACGAGAACGGCAAGAGAAGAACGCCUGACAGAACCAAAGAAAACGGCUUUGAGCGGGAGCCGCUCCAUACCGAGCACCCCAACAAGAGGCCCUGCACUAUCAGCCCUGGCCAGCGCUUCAGCCCCUCCAACGGGCUCUCCUACCAGCCCAACGGCCUGCCACACCCCACCCCGCCCCCUCCACAGCACUACCGUCUGGACGACAUGGCCAUCGCACACCACUACAGAGAUUCCUACCGCCACCCCAACCACCGCGAGCUCCGUGACCGCCCUCGGCCUCUGGGGAUGCACGGCAGCACGCGCCAGGAGGAAGUCAUAGAUCACAGACUCACAGACAGAGAAUGGGCAGAAGAGUGGAAGCACCUUGACCAUGUAAGAAAACUCCUGAAUUGCAUUAUGGAUAUGGUGGAGAAGACACGUCGCUCACUGACGGUGUUGAGGAGGUGCCAGGAGGCCGACCGGGAGGAGCUCAACUACUGGAUCCGUCGUUACAGUGAUGCUGAAGAUCUUAAAAAGACCAGCAGCUCCAGCAGCAGUCAGUCCAGACAGCAGAGCCCUGCCAGCCAAGAAAGCAAUGCUUUAGAUGCCCAUAGGGAGCUCCUUCACAGGCCAGUGUCUGGAUACGUACCUGAAGAAAUCUGGAAGAAAGCCGAAGAGGCUGUGAAUGAGGUGAAGAGGCAGGCCAUGUCUGAGUUGCAGAAAGCCGUGUCAGAGGCCGAGCGCAAGGCCCACGAGAUGAUCAGCACCGAGCGAGCCAAGAUGGAGCGCACUGUGGCCGAAGCCAAGAGACAAGCGGCAGAGGACGCGCUGUCAGUCAUCAACCAGCAGGAGGACUCUAGUGAGAGCUGCUGGAAUUGCGGGCGCAAGGCGAGCGAGACCUGCAGCGGCUGCAACACGGCGCGUUACUGCGGUUCCUUCUGUCAGCACAAGGACUGGGAAAAGCACCACCACGUAUGUGGCCAGACUCUGCAGGCUCAGCAGCAGGGCGAGACCCCUGCCACCGUCAGCUCCUCGGCCACCCCCAGCAGCGGCGCUGGCAGUCCGGCGGACACACCGUCCGCCGCUACCCCUCGCUCGGCCACGCCUGGCACGCCUUCCGCCAUAGAGACCACGCCACGCUAGAGCCCUGAGCGGGCCGUUCCUGAUGCCUCAGCUGACCGGGGACUGACUCACCUGCCUCACUUGCUCCAAAAUGCUAAAUCUAGCGCACUAACAAAGAAGAGACUGUACUUAGGGCGAUCACCCCACAGGAGGUCCAUUUCGGGUCAUAUUGACUUGCCAUGAUAGAGAACGCAAAGAUAUUCUUUGCUUGAAAUUCUCAUUGUUCUUUAUUGUUACUACAGCCAUUAUCAAUUACUGUUGAUAAUGUCGUUUAUUGUUGUUGUGGCUCUCUUACAUUCUUGUAAAUACGAAGACAAAUGGAGUAGACAGCCGGGACCUCUCGAUGAGUAUAUCUGACCUCCCCUUUGUUCCGUUUGUUUGUCGUUUUUUUCCUCCUUCGUUCCGUUCUCAAAGCUCUUUAUCCAGUAGCUGGGAUAUGAAACUAUUUGACCUCAUUAAAAGACACUUUAAAUGACAAAAACCAAGGAAAUACUGAUGUAAGCAAAGACUCUGAAUAUUAUUAAGACAAAAAGACAGCGUUCCUUGUAAAGAAGUCAACACAACAUUGAGAAAAAAACACGCCGUGAAGGGCAUCUGCGUCGGACGUGGUGGAGUAGACGGCGGACGGCGUUUCUGGCUCGCGCGCUGAACUCUGCAGAUGUGCAGCAGAUUGUGAAGGAACGCAGAUGUUCGUCCCUCUUCUGCAAGAUAAUAUCCAGGUCAAUGGUCUGAGAAAUAAAAAGCUGUUUCACUGAGGAAUGUAGGGGCAAGGAGGGCCCGUGCUGGAUGUUGAGUACCGCACGGCGUAAUGAAGGAUGCACUCUGAGCCCUGAUCCCAAAUGCACUCCAUCAGCUCCCAAAACAGGAAGUGAAGUCAUCGGCCCACCAGAGCAGGACUGUCAGAACCUCACUGUGACAGCCGCUGGGAAACAAAGGGCUGAGAAAUUACCCAUAAAUCACUGGCUGUUGGAGCUCUCUCCUGUCCUGCCUAUCUCUAACCCCACCAUCCGUCCUCGUUCUGCUUCUUUUUGCCCUUCUAGAUCUCAUUGUGUUAAACACUUGUGUCCUGUGCCGUCUCCAAUGGUUAUUUAUUGUACAUGUGCUGGACAAUUGUGACGACGCAUUAAUAGUUUAAACCACGGUCACAACUUUUUAGUCUUUCUAGGUGCAAAAAGGAAGAACAUAUUUUCUCUUUUUCUCUCUCUCUCUCUCUCUCUCUCUCUCUCGCAAGCUGCUUUUCUAUACGUAUGUGUUUGUGCUAGUCCCCUUGUAGUUCUCUAAGAAGAAAAAACACUUUUCCCAUUGUCCUCGAAAGACAAACGCUAUCUCUCAGAGCUGCUACUUCAGUCUCAUUCAGAUGUUUUUUCUGAGAACUAGCAUGUUACAUGGAAUGCUAACAUAAAUGUUUUUGUACAUGGGACGUACAUAAAUGUAUUUGCACUGUCACGGUUUCUCUCGGCAUGCUUCUUUUGGCAGUUUUUUUUUUUCCAUAGGGAGUUUCACUUCAUAGGUUAUCUUUGGAGUGCUUCGUUACAUAUCUGUGAUUUUCUUUUCUUGUUAAAAAAUGGAGAAAAAAAACUAUGAAAAAAAAGGGGAAAAAAAGAAAAUAGAAAAAAGAAGACAGAAGUAUCACAAUCUGCUUUUGUUAACAUUUUUUUCUAAACAUUUUGCUUUGAAUAGUUAAGGACAGUGCAUGCAUAUGCAUACUGAACGCUAUGGUAUAUGUUGUUUUUGUUUUCUACAAAAAAAAGAAAAAAAUGUACAAAAAAGACACUAACUUUCCAAAUGCAGAGGUGAAAAACAGACAGCUUUAACACUGCAGAGCACCAGGAUACACAGUAUUACAAAAGAAUUAACAUGGAAGACAGCCAAAGACAGACAUGAAGGACCAAAACCUGAUUUUAUCCAAGAUUUAAACAUGACAAAAGAGACUCACUCCAAUGCAUUCUUGUUUUCUCCACGUGUUUAUCAGGGGAAGCCACACUGAGCAAUGUUUCCAUUCGAAAACCUUUAACUCUCCCCUGUCCAGAGCCAAGACCAGCCCUAUUCAGCUCAUAGGGAGGAGGAGCCACUCAAAACCAUGUAGCAGUUCCUAAGAAAAGAGGGUUUCACAUGUGGAUGAGGCGGUCUGAAUGAUUGAGCAAUAAUCGAGAAGGCGGAUCCUGCAGGGCGAGUUUCAUUGUCGUCGUUUUUCUUUCCGUAUCAUUCCUCGAAAUGGAUUCGUCAUAAGAACGCCGCUCCAAAAGGCAACCAGCCCAACCGAACCGAAGCUCUUCUCGUUCAUGAACGGCGCAUAACCAAACCUUCAAGUGUUUCAGCUCAUGAUUAAAAGCCAUCUGAGAAUCUAAAACUAAACAACCUCGUCAAUGGCUUAAGAGGAAGAGGGGUCUAAACAGGCACUUAACUGCACUCUUGACGGCUCACGUCCCCCAAACCAUGGUGCUAAACACUGUGCAUUUGACCUCUUAGGAGGAGCGGCUGGCUCUGGACGCACUCCCGGCCUCCUCCGGCAUGCUACGGUUAAAUAAUCCAAAAAACAUAGGUGUAAGACACCUGUCCGCAUCGCCAGAGAACCUGCCAGCUAAGCUGUCUUGAAACACUAUUUUUGAAAAAUACAUAGUUAGUGUAGCGAGUUCGAUCAGGGUGACCUGAAUAAAAUAAGCACGGACGAAGCAUUAAGUUAACUCCUCCUUCUCCUUCCCAAUCUAGUACGUCUGUUUUGCUACAACCUUUUUUCCUCGGUGGCAAAAAGUCUCACUCUACCUCUGACAGCACGUUAGGAGCACCAGUCGCUGAGCGGACACUGGUCUAGUCAAACCAAAUGGGCACAUGAUAACAGGACUUAAACCCAAAGUUAAAAGCUCAUAUAGCUGCAAACCAUAUCACUACUUGGUAACAAUGCAGACCUCAUGAGAAAAAAAAUAAUGAAUAGAAUACGUAACAAAAAAAAAAAAAAAAAAUAUGUUCAUUUUAAGUUUGUCACAUGUACAAAUCGCUUUGAGUCAAAAAAAAAAAAAGAAAAAGAAAAAAAAAGGAUUUCAGAGUGUUGACUCCAUUUGAUAUACACUAUAAUUCAAUCCAUGGUCAAAGAUGAGAAAUGUGAUAUAUUCCUAUUGCCCUCCUCUUCUCCUGCACCCCCCUUUCCCCCAUUUCUGUCUUCUGUUGUGAGACACGCUUGGCCGCUCGUCAGUGUCGUUUAGGUUCGUGUUUAUGAGGGAUUCGCACCAAACGUGAGCGAAAAGUAACGGCUGGUGAAUUUGCGCAUGCCUUGUUUGCCAGGUGUUAAGUUUUUAUUUUCUCCAGUUUGUAAAGUGAAUUAAACUUUGGGAUAAUAAAGGGACAGUUGAAACAUUAAGUGAAAUUAAUUGGUCGGGUGGGUUCAGGACGGGCAGUCGUAGGAUUCUUCGAAAAUCUUUAUUGUGAAAAAAACUCAUGAAAGUCGUUGUGCAAUACUUAACGUAAACAUGAACCACAGCUUACAGGUGGGCUUGGAGGGUGUGGACUCUGUCACACCAUUUCCAAAUACUCUAGGGUUUUUGAGUCUACUAUGUCAGAACUGUGGUUUCUUGUUUAAUCUGUUUUCUUUAUUUUAUUCUCUCGUUUUUGGGGGCUGUAGUAAAUGGUCUGUCAGUCUGUGAAUCUUUGCAGUAUGAUUCUGGUAUUGUUGUACUCUUUACUGUGUAAUAAAUAUGUUCAUACCUGCAUUGGAGACUGGAUUUCUUUUGUCUUUGUUUUAGAUACUCUACAUGCAUACAUUCUGUUCGGAUGCAUCAUUUGCAUUCAUUCAUUUAGCAACUUACAAAUUAGAAGUACAACAGAUUUGUUCUAAAGCGGCAAUAAUAUGAGAAGUGUUGUAAUACAAAGUUUCAGGAUUGUUUGAAAUGGUACAGUAAGAAGGUAAGCACCAGUAAAAGUAUGUUUUU